AUGGCAAAAAUCAUACUGAGGCACCUCAUUGAGACUCCAGUGCGGUACGAACAGGAGUUCGAAGCUCGAGGUCUGGAAGACUGCAGGCUGGACCACGCUUUAUAUGCACUGCCCGGGCCAACCACGGUGGACCUGGGGAAGGCCAGGGCGGCCCAGGCUCCUCCAGUGGACGCCGCUGAGAUGCCGCCCCAGAGAGGCGAAUCCCGCUUCCAGGUCCUGCUGGACGUGGUCCAAUUCCUCCCCGAAGAUAUCAUCAUUCAGACCUUCGAGGGCUGGCUGCUGAUAAAAGCUCAACAUGGAACCAGAAUGGAUGAGCACGGUUUUAUCUCCAGAAGCUUCACCCGACAGUAUAAACUGCCCGACGGCAUUGAAACCAAAGAUUUGUCGGCGAUCCUCUGUCAUGAUGGAAUUCUAGUGGUGGAAGUAAAGGAUUCGGCUGGGACCAAGUGACAUCGUGUCGGGAAACUCCAAGGAUUUUAGAAGCUCUGUGACAGAAAUGGAGUCCAAGAUGGAAUAUAUGUUUCUUACUAGAAAUCCCAGUAUCACAGUGCCUCAACAUUUUUUUUGGUCCCUCAGCCCUGCCC